AAGAGAGAGCAAAGUUACACAGAGACCAAGGAAGGUGACACUAUUAUUAUUUUCUUAAAGUACAUUAAAGUGUUACUAAACCCAGGACCCUGCAUUCACUAUAUCUGGUCUUCCACAGUACACAGAACAUGGAAAUGCAAUUAUUUUAGUAAAUAUAAGCUGCUAAAUACCUUUUUUCAUCAGCAGUUAGAGCAGUCUUGUGACUACUAUCAGUGUCCAGCAGAGCACAUGUUAAAGAUUGUAGGAGGAGUUUUCUUUCUGUUCUUGGAGGAAGCAGAACCCCAG